AUGGCCGAUGCCCCCACGCGUCGCCUCGGCCUGGCACCCCCGCCCGGGGACGCCCCCCGAGCCGAGCUGGUGGCGCUCACGGCCGUGCAGAGCGAGCAGGGCGAGGCGGGUGGGGGCGGCUCCCCGCGCCGCCUCGGCCUCCUGGGCAGCCCCCUGCCGCCCGGCGCGCCCCUCCCUGGGCCGGGCUCGGGCUCGGGCUCCGCCUGCGGCCAGCGCUCCUCGGCCGCGCACAAGCGCUACCGCCGCCUGCAGAACUGGGUCUACAACGUGCUGGAGCGACCCCGCGGCUGGGCCUUCGUCUACCACGCCUUCAUAUUCCUGCUGGUCUUCAGCUGCCUGGUGCUGUCUGUGCUGUCCACGAUCCAGGAACACCAGGAUCUUGCCAACGAGUGUCUCCUCAUCUUGGAAUUCGUGAUGAUCGUGGUGUUUGGCCUGGAGUACAUUAUCCGAAUCUGGUCAGCUGGCUGCUGCUGUCGCUACCGGGGAUGGCAGGGCCGCUUCCGCUUUGCCAGAAAGCCCUUCUGUGUCAUCGACUUUAUCGUGUUCGUGGCCUCGGUGGCUGUCAUCGCCGCGGGCACACAGGGCAACAUCUUUGCCACAUCAGCUCUGCGCAGCAUGCGCUUCCUGCAGAUCCUGCGCAUGGUGCGCAUUGGACCGCGCGGCGGUGGCACCUGGAAACUCCUGGGCUCAGUGGUCUACGCACACAGCAAGGAACUGAUCACCGCCUGGUACAUCGGGUUCCUGGUGCUCAUCUUUGCCUCCUUCCUGGUCUACCUGGCCGAGAAGGAUGCCAACUCCGACUUCUCCUCCUAUGCUGAUCGCUGUGGUGGGGGACGAUCACCCUGCACGACCAUCGGCUAUGGCGACAAGACACCACACACAUGGCUGGGCAGGGUCCUGGCUGCCGGCUUCGCCUUACUGGGCAUCUCCUUCUUUGCCUUGCCCUGCGGUAUCCUUGGCUCCGGCUUUGCUCUGAAGGUCCAGGAGCAGCACCGGCAGAAGCACUUUGAGAAACGAAGGAUGCCAGCAGCCAACCUCAUCCAGGCUGCAUGGCGCCUGUACUCCACAGAUACCAGCCGGGCCUACCUGACAGCCACCUGGUACUACUAUGACAGCAUCCUCCCAUCCUUCAGAGAGCUGGCGCUCUUGUUUGAGCACGUGCAGCGGGCCCGCAAUGGGGGCCUGCGGCCCCUGGAGGUGCGGCGGGCUCCAGUCCCCGACGGAGCGCCCUCCCGUUAUCCGCCCGUAGCCACCUGCCACCGGCCGGGCAGCACCUCCUUCUGCCCCGGGGAAAGCAGCCGGAUGGGCAUCAAGGACCGAAUCCGAAUGAGCAGCUCCCAAAGACGAACUGGUCCCUCUAAGCAGCACCUGGCCCCUCCGCCCAUGCCUACUUCCCCCAGCAGUGAGCAGGUGGGCGAGCCCACCAGCCCCACCAAGGUGCAGAAGAGCUGGAGCUUCAAUGACCGCACCCGCUUCCGGGCCUCUCUGAGGCUCAAGCCCCGAGUCUCUGCUGAGGAAGGUCCCUCAGAGGAUGUGGCGGAGGAGAAGAGCUACCAGUGUGAACUCACAGUGGACGACGUCAUGCCUGCUGUGAAGACAGUCAUCCGUUCUGUCAGAAUCCUAAAGUUCCUGGUGGCCAAAAGGAAAUUCAAGGAGACCCUGCGGCCCUACGACGUGAAGGAUGUCAUCGAGCAGUACUCAGCGGGGCACCUGGACAUGCUGGGCCGCAUCAAGAGCCUGCAGACUCGGGUGGACCAGAUCGUGGGUCGGUGCCCUGGGGACCGGAAGACCCGGGAGAAAGGUGACAAGGGGCCCUCUGACACGGAGGCAGUGGAUGAAAUCAGCAUGAUGGGACGCGUGGUCAAGGUGGAAAAGCAGGUACAGUCCAUCGAGCACAAGCUGGACUUACUGCUGGGCUUCUACUCACGCUGUCUGCGCUCUGGCACCUCAGCCAGCCUGGGCACUGUACAGGUGCCACUCUUCGACCCCGACAUCACCUCCGACUACCACAGCCCAGUGGACCAUGAGGACAUCUCCGUAUCGGCACAGACGCUCAGCAUCUCCCGCUCGGUCAGCACCAACAUGGACUGAGGGGCUUUGCAGGGGCAGGACAGAAUUCUGGCAGCCCCCGCAGCCUGGCGCCUGGACCGCCCUCGGAGGCCUCCUACGUGUCUCUUACUUGAAC